AUGGUUAAAGUCUCUAAAAUUCUUGUUUGUUUGGUUCUUAUAAUCCAUGUUCAUUUUACGACUACUUUACCUACUCAUUUAUUGGAAGAACGUAACUUGACUACCUUAUUAGCCAAUAUAUCAAGGCAUAAACUGGAAAAAAGAAUUCGGUUUACCCCAGGAAGAACAUUUAAGCGUCCAGAUAAUCUUAUUCGUCCCCCUAACGUAUUUUAUAUAGAAAGUCCUUUUCAAACUCCUUGUACAUUGCUUCCAACUUUAAUUUCAUUUUGUAUUUGUUGUUCAUUAUUUGAUCGGGAUGUUGUGAUUGAUGAUCCACCUGAAGUACAUAUUUCUGAGCAUUCGAGUUCACUUUUGGAACGAAUUGAUUCUCUAGAGACUUAUAGGGAUCCUGUGCAAUUAGCAAAGGGUCUACCUGAAACCUUUUUAAUACAUAGAGACGAUGAACGCAUUCGUGGCCGUUCCAUUGGAGAAUUUAUUGGAGUUCUAGAUAAACAAAAUAACCAACAUAAACGAGACAUUGUAAAACGAGCUGAAAGUAGUCAAAGUCAACAUGGAGAAAGUAGUCAAAGUCAACAUGGAGAAAGUAGUCAAAAUCAACAUGGAGAAAGUAGUCAAAGUCAACCAGUUUCUGUACCUCCUUGUCCAAGAUCAAAUCCAUCUCUAGAAAGAAUUCCAGAGAAACAACCUAUUUGUAUACCUAAUACUGAAAGUAUAGUGAGAAAACCUAGUACUAUCAAGCCUUAUUUGAUAUACUAUCCUCCCCCCGAGAAGCCUAUUCUUCUACCUGACCCUCAUGAUCCUCGGCGAUUAGAUAAUAUUGCCAUAGAAGGAGAAUAUUUUUCAAACUUUAUAGAACUCUUUACAGAAAAAGAUUUUUUAGAUAAAACGACCAGAAAGUAUUUGUUUUUAAUGUAUCAUGACUUGAAAUCUACUCUUAAAGUGGAUUGGGAUGUAUCAGAGUAUAUUGAACAUCUUUAUUUAUAUGCAGAAAGUCUUGGGCAAACCAUUUUAGAAAUACUUUUUACAUUAUCAGCAGAGCAACUAAGAAAGUUUGUAUAUUGUGAUAAAAAAGGCAAAAAACAUGAUGAAUUGAGAUAG